AUGCUCAACCAGCUAGAUUGUGGCAGUAUCAUUCCCGGCAAAUCCAAAGCACCCGGGGCAUUCCAGCAUGUUGGACUGGCCGGCAAGAUUCAUGCCGCUUGCCAGCACCUGCACAAGCCCCGCGAACAAUACGCUUUGGAGUUACCAGCGAGACUCUCCGCAGCGACCUUCAGCCCAGGCGGCGUACGAAGCGAAGAUAUCAAUGUCUCAGUCUGUCAAGCCGUUAAAGACGCUCUCACCGAGAACUACUUGGGGUCUGCUAGUAACACAUCUGGUGAUAAAGAUGCCCGCAAUGCGUACUUUUCAAAACUCACCGAGAACCUUGGAGCUGAUAGCCCCUUUAAUCACCACUUCCAGCUCAUUAUAGGCGGCGCGUGUUGUAUGCUUCCGGGUAUCUUAAACACCUUUUGGAACCACGCGGAUUCGCAGGUCCUCCAACAACUUGUCGGUUUGAUUUACAUCGAUGUUGACACGGACUUGAAUUCUCCAAAGGAUCCUACUUCCAUCGGAACCUUUGCUGGGAUGACCAUGGCCCAUUUUGUCGGGCUACCCGGUGCACUUCCCAGUAUGGAGCGAUUCUGUCGUUCAUCAGGCGGACCGGUCUGCAACGCUUCCAAUACCGUCUUCUUCGGCACAGACAUGUCUCUACCCGGAAAUAAACGCGAGCAUUUCGAAUACCUUUUAAACAACAAUUAUCAUGUUGUCAGCUCAGCAUCCGUGGCGAGGGGCCCUGAACUGCGAGCGAGAGAAACGUUGGCGUAUCUCGAGGAGAUGGUGGAUGUGAUUAUGGUGCACCUAGACGUUGACUCGAUUGAUGCUGGAACCUUUCCGUUGGCAAACGUGCCGAAUUUUACGGGUGUUAAGUUUGAGGUUAUGAUGAGGGCAUUGAAAGUGUUUCUUGGGAGUCCGAAAGUUGCUGGGUUGACUAUCGCAGAAGUGAAUCCUGAUCACGAUCCUGAUUUUCUGAUGAUUGAAAAGUUGGCUUCUUGUGUUGCGGAUAUGCUGGGUGCGGAAUCGACUUGA